GACACACGCUGCGGGCAGACGGAGCCGUGUCGUCGCGAGGAACGAUUAUGAAGUCAUCCUCUAACUGUUGUUUAGCUAGGUAGCUAAGUCGUUAGCUGGGCAGGUCGUUGCUACGUAGUAGCAGCAUCAUGUGUCGCUGUUUCACUUUAGUUUCCUCUCUGUGUUAACUCUCACCAGAGCAGUGUCUGUACCAUGAGAUGUUUAAGAGCCGUCAGCUAGUCCGGCCAAGGAUAACUACAGGAUGAACCGCUAUAAGAACAAAGCACUGAACCCAGAGGAGAUGAGGCGCCGGAGAGAGGAAGAGGGCAUCCAACUCAGAAAACAGAAACGAGAACAACAGAUUUUCAAGAGGAGGAACGUGGACAUUGUCAAUGAAGAAGAGGCCAUGUUUGAAAGUCCACUGGUGGACUCCUACCUCAGCUCUCCAGUAACAGAGGGAGUAAUUACCAGAGACAUGGUUGAGAUGCUUUUCUCAGAGGACCCAGAGCUUCAGCUCGCCACAACACAGAAGUUCAGAAAACUUCUUUCCAAAGAGCCAAAUCCACCAAUUGAUGAAGUUAUAAACACACCUGGAGUAGUUGAGAGGUUUGUGGAGUUCCUAAAGAAGAGUGUCAACUGCACAUUACAGUUUGAAGCAGCCUGGGCACUUACCAACAUAGCAUCAGGCACAUCCUUACAGACGAAGACGGUGAUUGAGGCCGGAGCAGUGCCAAUCUUCAUAGAACUACUCAACUCAGAUUUUGAGGAUGUCCAAGAACAGGCUGUGUGGGCCUUAGGUAAUAUUGCAGGGGACAGUGCAGUCUGCAGGGACUAUGUGCUGAACUGUAACAUCCUUCCACCACUGUUAAUGCUUCUGACCAAAUCCACAAGAUUGACAAUGACAAGGAAUGCGGUCUGGGCUCUGUCUAAUCUCUGCAGAGGAAAAAACCCUCCCCCUGCUUUUGAAAAGGUGUCACCCUGUCUGCCAGUACUGUCCAGGCUUUUAUUUAGCAGUGACCCAGACUUGCUGGCAGACGCCUGCUGGGCACUUUCCUACCUCUCAGACGGCCCCAAUGAUAAGAUCCAGGCCGUCAUCGACUCUGGCGUCUGCAGGCGUCUUGUAGAACUACUCAUGCACACUGACUAUAAAGUGGCCUCCCCUGCCUUGAGAGCUGUAGGAAACAUUGUCACUGGAGAUGAUAUCCAAACACAGGUGGUGUUGAACUGCUCAGCCCUGCCCUGUCUGCUGCACCUUCUCAGCAGUGCGAAAGAGUCUAUUCGCAAAGAGGCAUGCUGGACCAUCUCCAACAUAACCGCAGGAAACAGAGCGCAGAUACAGACGGUAAUUGAUGCCAACAUCUUCCCAGUGCUGAUAGACAUUCUACAGAAAGCCGAGUUCAGAACCAGGAAAGAGGCGGCAUGGGCCAUCACCAACGCCACCUCUGGAGGAACACCAGAGCAGAUCAGGUACCUGGUGAACCUGGGCUGCAUUAAGCCGCUGUGUGAUCUGCUGACAGUGAUGGACUCUAAGAUCGUUCAGGUGGCUCUCAAUGGGCUGGAGAACAUCCUGAGGCUGGGAGAGCAAGAAGCCAAGCAGGAGAACAGUGGCACCGGAGUCAACCCUUACUGCAGCCUCAUUGAAGAAGCCUACGGUCUGGACAAGAUCGAGUUCCUUCAGAGCCACGACAAUCAGGAGAUCUACCAGAAGGCCUUUGACCUGAUUGAGCACUAUUUCGGGGUGGAGGACGAGGACAGCAGUCUUGCCCCUCAGGUGGACCAGGCCAACCAGCAGUUCCUUUUCCCCCAGCAGGAGGCCCCCAUGGAGGGCUUUCAGCUAUAAAUAAGCACCCCUCUCCUCUAAGAUACACCUUAUACCCCCUCCAUACCUCUCGGCCUCAUUGAGGACCCAUUGAUUGAGUUCUGUCUCCAAGCCUCCUUCCCUUAUCUGUCAAUACCCGCCUCCACCUACACUGUCCUCUCAAACACACAUGUAAACACACCCCUGCCCCUUGGAGGAAAACAUGUUCCGUCUCACUCUCCAGCCUAAAUAUGUCCCCCACUCAUCAAGCAGCGGACUGACUUCUUCUCAAUGGGUAGACUCGCAUGUUUCCCAACCAAUUGGGGAAGCACACCAUUCAAGCUCCAUUACACUUAGAUGAGGAAGCGAUCACCUCAUUGCCUAAAGUGUGAGUCUGCCCUGGCUUAAAGCGCACACACAGACAUCUUCCUGCCAUUUGAUAGCUCUUAGAUCCUCUCAUUGGCAGCAACAAAGGCUUGUUGAUUCAUAUCUUUAUAUACAAUUAAAAAAAAAAAAAUGUUUCCAGUGGGACAUUGCUAUUUUCAGGACGACCCUUGUAUCCUCAUGCAAAGUCUGCAAACUGGGGGUGCAUGAGGUGAAAUACGCCCAGCUAAUGAUGUCAGUCUGACUUAGUGCAAUUAUAAAAGUACUUGUAAGAUCCCUUUUCAGUUUGAUGAUUAAUUACCCGCCCCCCCCCAACCAUUAUUUAUGUGCUUCUUAUUAGUGCUUGUGAUUCUUUUUCCUAAUACUGGUCUCUGCAUAUCUGCAAAUGGGAAAAAGAAUCAUAUCUGUACGGGGGUGGGUGGUUUUUUUCAUUUUAUGGGAGGAGAGGUUUGUCCACGCCAAAUUAAGGGCUGUCUGUCUGAUGCCCAAGCUAAACAAUUUGGGUGUUUUUUUUCCUCCCUUGUUUAUCACUUUUUCUUCAAAUAGGAUAAAUUUGUGGGGGUUUUGGUUUGAGCUGAGGGAACAAAUUUAAGAAUUUAGACAUAUCUAUCCCUGGGGGGGCUCUGAAGAGGAUAUUAGAAGGGGAAAUGGGGUUAUUUCUUAAGAUAUGUUAAAAAAAAAAUCCAGGUUUCAAGGGUGGUAUAGUUAGAGAUCCGAUGUUCGUUGUGUGCUGUGUUAUUAAUAACAAUACAUUUGAAUUAUGAAGUGAUUUAACUAUUAAUCAAGGCAUAGCUGGGGUGUCAGGGGGACGAGCCAGCGGCGGCAACAACAACAACAGCAGCAGCAGCAGCAGCAAACCAUACUUAUUUUUAUAUUUAAAUAAAAUCAAGGGAUUGCAGAUGUUUAAAGUAGAGUGACAGAGAUGUCACAGAAAUUUAAGAUGACUUGUUUUUCGUCUCGACUCUCUGACUCUGUUGAAGCCCCAGCGUGAAGUGGCGGCUGCCCGUCGGCUUGGCUCUGUGCUCCCCCUCCCUCCCCAGUAGUAUGUGGUAGGGUUUUUGCAUGGUGUUAUAUUACCCUGCCUACAGUCGCUGAGUAUCCCUGGCCAAACACAGACAGUUGUCACAGAGAGAUGAAGAACAGUGUGAGCAAACACUGUGAGACUUAGCUGUACACUGCUCAGCAUUCCUCGUCGACGGCGUUUGCAACUAAAAAGUGGGAACCGGUCCACAACUAAUUGGUUUGGUGGUGUUAAUAGUGAUAGUGUAGUGACGGUGGUGGUGUUUCUUAUAGCCGUAGAGUCGAUACGUAACCUAUGGCGUUCUAUAUCACCAUAUUUUUGAGGAAUGGGAAUGACAACUGAUAAGAUAAUGAUUUUGCAUGGGUCCUUUGUGAUAUGUAUAAGGUGUUGAUGUAAAUAGCCUGUCCUCUGCCUGGCUAGGAAAGUCUAUGCCGCUUCUUUGUCCCAUCAUGGAUGUAACAACAAGCAGAGUUUGGCUGGGGAUAUAUCGCAGAUCAGUGACGAGCCUAACUGCAACAAAAAAACAAAUUCAAGUAUAUCUAUAUAUUUGAAUUUUGAUGUAUUUGCAUUAUAUAUAUACAUAUAUAUUUGCGCACACUUCAUGUACACUUGCAUACAACACCAGCAGACACUGUACACACACACACACACACCUCACACAGAUGAGUGGCUAGGAACAAGGUAAAUAGUUUCCAUAAGGAUUAUUAUCAUUUUUUAUGUUGAAUUUUCUCCAAAGGGUGAGAUCUGCCAUUUUGGCUUUUUUUCAGAGCACACAUUUUCUUUAUGUUUCAAUAGAAGUUUUUCUUGGUUUCAGUUUGAAUUUAAAUUGAGAUUGUUUUCAGUUUUAAUCGAGACAACGAACAGAGAGGUUUCGGUGCACACAUGCUGUGAAGUCUCAUGGAAACUCUUUCGUUGCUUCUAGCCACACGACUAAUGAUGGUUUAAAUCAGUCCUGUAAACUCUGACCUGAGAUCAGCGUGGCCUCUGAAAGAAGCCGAUCUCAGGUCAGAGUUUUAGGCUUUGUGGAUGGAGCAGAACUGUGGUUGUGUGAUGUUUGACUGACAGGCACUGUGUGAGGAAGAGGUAGAGUAACUCUUUGACUAUGUCCCCAUCAGAGUCUGGGAGCCUCUGUUCUGUGGAUCACAGGAGACAUUUUAUCAUGGAGCUAUCAACACACUUACUUAUGAUCUUUUUUGUUCCAAAGGACGUCCCCUUCUUUGGUAGAGCCUCCUUUUUGGAUGCACCGUCUUAUCUUUUCCCCUUGGUCUGUUUCGGUAUUAUAUUUUUACAGUUUCCCUUGUCAUUGCAGAAUAUCAGAGUGUCAUAGUGCGGCUGUUAGGCACAGUGGUUCACUGACCACAGAGGAUCAUACGUUUGAGUGUCUGAUUUAGCUUUUUGAGUAAAAAUGUCGUCCACAGAACAUGUGUACUCCCAGCAGACAUAAGAGGUCAAAUCAUGUAUAAUUGAGCAUCAAGAACAUGCCUCUACAUGACGGAUAUGUGGAGCAGCAUUGAUAACUGAAGUCUUCGAUUUCAUGGACAGUUUUGUGCUCAUCUUACGAGCAACGCCAGAAUCGAGAUGUUUCAACAACAAAAAAAGAAAAAAUCAGUGCAUCAAUCAGGAAAAAUAUAUUAUAUUUCUGAAAAAUGAAAAUGCACUCCUAUUCACAAAAGUGCCAACCUGACCAACAAAGACUGGAGGUUCUUAUGUAUCUGUCUUUGACUUAUAGAUUUAUUUUCCUUUAUAUCUUUUAUUUACUUGAAUGUGCACACAUUUUGUGCAAAACAUUGCUGCUCUAUUUUUCCUUAUCUUUAAAGUUACAUUAUUAGCCAUAGUUUCUUUGGGAAAGUGGCUUUCUUUACUGUGGGCACCUAAAAAACAAACAAAAAAAAGCGAUUAAGGAAGUGUAAUUGUCAAGCUGAGGGGGGGCAAGGACUUGAGAUGGUUUCCAUGCUAAACGUCUUCAAAAGAGUUUCACUUGGAAUUGAUCAAUUGAUUUCCUGUGGCGGAAUCAGUAGAGUAUAAUAUUUAACAUUUUCUUUAAAUCGCCGCUUGCAGCCACUCCCUCUUUGUGCUAAGAGAAAGUCUGCGCUGACAGAAUUAUUGUAGAACUUCAGUGUGGCCCGUGAUACAAAUUGUGGAAAUGAAAACAAUCAUCAUAGCAGACAGAUGCAGGUACUGCCCUUAUUGUCGAACUUAGUUUACCAAAGUCUUGUCCCCCUGAAGACUGGUUUAAAUUAUUUACUUGAUGUUUUUGUUUUCAGUAGUUGGUGUGAUUGGCUUGUGUUGACCCAGUCAGUCUGACUGAGAGAUUGCUCCAGGCCAUUGAAAACUUGCUUCUUUUCAUUAGAAGCUGCAUGAGCUCAGUCCCACUUUUCUCGCUUUUCUUUUUCUCUCAAGUCCAAGUACUGUUUAGGGAGCCAGAAAAUUCUGCAACAAAUAAUCCAGACGACUGCAAUAAUUAUUGUCUGAGAAUCCGGCGCCCCAGAGGCAAAGAUCCACCUCCAAACUGUUCACAUAGGUGACACUCCUUCCACUGGGUGGAGCUAAAAGAGGCGACUACUUGACAUUUUUCUAAGAUAAAAUCUGGGAUUCAGAAAUUGUGCAGUGAUUUACAUUAAAAAGUAUUAUAAGUUAAACUAUAUGUAUGUUCUGAUACAUUGACAGGGAUUCAGAUGCAAUUCUAAUCACUUCUGAGAAGUGGAGAAAAAAAAAGUCUCAUUAGAACAUUUCACAGGAGAAAAAAAAUAGGAAGUGAGGAUACAAGCCUUUCUGCGUUUCUUGAUCUUUUUCUUGAUCAGGAUAUUCUGGGCUAUAUUUUUGAAUAAUUGUGUUUAGAGUAAAAGUUUGUCCUUGUCAGGCUGCAUGAUCAGGAACCUUGUUGUCUAUGGGGGAUUGAACAGACAUCACUAAAUAUCUCAAACCUGACUUGUCUUCCGUCCUAGAAGGUGUUCAUGUCUACAUUAAAAUCUAAAGCCAUGCUUGGCUUGUUCAAGUAAUGUCUACGCUACAAAUGUUUACAAUGCUGCAUGUUUGUUAAAAAAAAGAAAAAAAUACUUUUCAUAUGCCAUCACUGACCAGUCCUGGUGUAGCCACGGCUCUGGUCCUCUCAUUUCUUUUACAUGUAUUUAUUUUCUCUUUUCUUGUUUAUGAUUUUUCAUUUUGCUCAAAAUUACCCAUCUUAUACUGUGACUUGACUUGACUUUACCGACGGUAUGAAUGAGUGACGAGAAACUAAUACACUUCAGCUGAACAUGACACACAAACAUGAACAUGGAAAAAAGAAUACAUACAGGAAAUGGCAACAAUAUUAAAAAAUGUAAAGAAAAUAUAUUGAAAUUAAAAUUGUUCAGUGGAAAUACUGUACAAAACAAAUAAAGUUA